GCGCACGUCACGGGCGUGACGUCAACGCGCGCCAAUUCAAACUUCAGGAAACGAAAGUGUCGUUUAAAAACGGUCUCGCAACAAAACAGACAAUAUUUAGUGGAUAACUUCCGUCUCCGUGUUCUCUUUAGCACUGCACUUAGUAACAACAGAAGCAGCCAUGACAUCUAAAAGUGCCAAAGAAACCAUAGUUGCCAAGUUGGGUUUCAAAUCCAGCAGCCCUGGCUCCAAGGCUGAGGCAGAGCUGGAAAAAGUCAAGAAAGAAAAUGCUCACCUGAAAAAAAAGAUUGAUGACCUGGCCAAACGGCACAUCAAACCGCCCGAUGCGGACAAAAGCAAGCUGCUGGAGAGGAUUCUUUCCCUCGAGACCUUGAGAGAGAGGAACAACCAGCAGUUGCUGGUGAAAGAGCAGGAGCUGGAAACUCUGAGACAGCAGCCGUCAGCUAAAGGAGGAGAGGUGGUGGCGUCGCUGCAAGCUCAGCUGGAGCAGCGGAGGAAAGAAGCAGAGCAGAGAGACGCGUUGUUCCAGAGUUUGUCACAGGAGACGGAGAAUCUGAAAAACAAGCUGGCCACUGUUUCUGCCCGAUGUCAGACUCUAGAAACCCAGAAUGGACAGGCACCUGCUGCAGACCUCGUAAUGAUACAAGAUCAACUGAAAGAUGCUCUGGAGAAGAACCAGCAGUGGCUUGUGUACGACCAGCAGAGAGAGGCCUAUGUGCAGUCUGUCCUGGCCCGUAUUUUAGAGCUGGAACAGCAGCUGGCUCAGGCAAAGCAGCAACAAACCAAACAAGAGGCCAGUCCAGAGGCUCCUGCCAACUUGGCAGAUCCAGAAAAGGAAUCUCAGCUGAAAAGCCAAUAUGACCACUUGGUGUCUGGGAUGCAGAAAGACCUGGAGAGCCAAAAAGAGCAGGUUACCAGAGCCAGACAGGAGCUCGGUGUCCAUCGGGAGCAGGCCUUGAAAGCUCAGGCUGAGCUGCACUCUCAGCGGGAGCAGGUCACCAGGGUUCAGGAGGAGAUGUUGACACUGCAGAGGAAGUACGACGACAAGUGCUGCGAGCUGUCAUCCUUUCUGAGGAAGUACGAAGACAAGUGCAAAGAGCUGGAGGAGGCCAAGAUGGAUCUGCAGGCAGAGCGACUUAGCAACAGACAUGCAGUCUGUGAGGAGAGAAAGGAGUCGUCUGAGCGUGCAGACAGAAUGAGGGUGGAACUGGAGAAUAUGGAUAUCAGAUUGGAGGAGGAGAAGAGGAGAUCUGCUGAGCUUCUAUUGCAGGUAAAUAUGCUGCAGAAGUCCCUCCUGAGCCAGAAGGAAGAGCAGAGAAGAAUCGCAGCACUGGAGCAACAGAUCCAACUCUCUGCCAAGGACUUUGAGAAUGAAAAAAUUGAUCGUCAGAGCAUGCAGCACCAGUUACAUAAGGUGCUGAAGGAGCUUCGCAAGGCCCGUGAUCAGAUUGCAAACCUGGAAUCUGCUAAGCAGCCAAAUGCUCGCUUUUCAGAGCCCAGCUCGUAUAAUAGCCUCGAGUUUGAGCGUCUCACUAUUGAAAACCCUCUUGGCCCUACAUCCCCAUCUAAAGUCACCAACCUCCUGGACGAGAGUUUCCUGGAGUGCCCAAAGUGUCGGGCGCCUUAUCCCACCAGUCGUCACAGGGAGCUGCUGACUCACAUCGAUUACUGCUUUGCGUAAGCUAACACAUCAGUCUAGAUGAGUGAUUCUCAGUGUGCAUGUCUGGACCUCCACUUAGUCAAAGGGGUAAAAACAAACACAAGAAUCACUCUACAAGAUUUCUGAUUCAUUCAGGAAAUUUGUGUUUUUGAAUCUAGGUAAAAUAAAACGAUGAACAGGCAGUUUUAGACACUGACUCUACAAACAUAGCACUGAUAACAGAGUAUAAGAUAUUUCUUAAAGUCACUGGAGACCACUUGCAUUCGAUCCUCUUCUUUUAUCGCAAAGUUAGAAAUACCGCCUUAAUGAUCAUUUAACAUAAAUGUAUAAAAUAUUCAUUUAUGUAAGAAAUCAUGGGACAUAUUGUGCAUUAUUUUCCAAGAAUGAUGGUCUAUGGUGUCCAUUGAAAAAUGAUUUUAAAAAAUUUUUUUAAAACAGUGUUUUGGCUUUUUUACUCUGUGGUUUUUUGUUUUGUUUUUUUUUUGUUUGUUUUUUUUGUUUGUUUGUUUGUUUGUUUUUUUUCAUUCAAUAUCCAAACAGGUGCGAUACUUGAAUGCUUGUGUAGAUACGUUUUUUGUUUUGUUUUUUAAAUAGAAGGGAUUUGAAGGAUAUUCUUAACAUGCAAAUCACUCAAACAUGUACUCCAGCUCUUCUUGCAAGUAGAAAAUCACCAAACAUCUCCUCAUUUACAGUUUAAAAAAAAAAAAAAAAAAAAAAAUUCUUUAAUACUCCAUCCAUAUAGUUACAUCUGGGGCCUUUCUGUUUAGAUUUUGCUGUUUGUUAAACUCUUGGUGAAUUCAGUUUUGUUUUGGUGUGUGUGUGUGUGUGUGUGUGUGUGUCUAUAUCACAGUAUUUAUUCUUGUGUUUUUGUUUUUAAUUGGUGAACUACUGUCUCUUUUCAGUGAUUUAGUUUUAUUUUGCUUCAGUAUGUAUCACCAGACAAUGUUUUGCAUUUGUAUUGGCCUUCUUUGUAUCGAGGGAAUAUUGUUAAUGUUAUUUUGCAUAAAAGUUUACAAGCCUGUCUAAUAUACUCCACUGAUGAAACGGCUAAACACACACUUUCUAAACUCCUCUUUUUAUUCCCUCCAUCAUCAGCGGCAGCAGUAGUCGUGUUUCUUUUUGGCUGGCUUUAUGUGAAAGUGUUAUGACCACCUAAUUAUCCAUGUGUUUUCGGUUAUGUCAGUGAUGUUUGUGUGAUUGCUAAAGCGUUUCUCUGUUUAACAUGUAAACAGCUGUGUAAAGUAUCCCAAACCAUGACCAAGUUUUUCUCCCAAAGCUGAUCGCAUACUUUUAUUUGCCUGAACUGAACCAGAGUUAAGCUCCCAACUGCUGUACAUUUUAUCUAGUCACAUGUGGGUGGUUGUCCCUGUAUUCUUUCCUGUUCAAGUGAAGCUCACUUCCAUCUCCACCUUGACUUUUCAAGCCUGCGGCCAUUUAAAGCUGGAAUGAGAUUGCAUGAGUUAAUUCCUUGUGCUAAACUAUUUAAGGCAGGGAUUACUAAAGGUCCUCCCGGUAGGGGGGGAAGUGGUUAAGGUGUCUAUUCUCGCAGCCUUGGCAGUGUGACCAGUUGACAUGAGACAAACACUGCUGUGCAUCUUAUAUGUGGUUGUUUUGAUUUGGGCUAGCUCUCAUAGAAGAUCAUAGGAUCCAACUUUUAUCAACAAGUUUGCCUGUGUUUUUUGUUUUAAACCUGAUUUAUUUUAAUCAUGUACACCAAAGUAGUUUUGCCAUGAUCUGUACUGUACUGUACAAAAAUGUGCAAUAAAGAUAUAAAUCUCCUCCCAGCACAUCA